UGAAUAAUCCUAUUUCUAACCAGCAACCAAACAAUCCCUUUAAAUUCCUCAGUACGACCUCGCAACAACCUCCCACAUUACUGCUUACUUUAAUGGCUAUGACCAAUUUCACUUCAAGAUUUAUUGUCUAACGUUUUUUUCCUGUCGACAUUAAACCUGAACUCAAGUCUACCACCACCAUAGAAAUUUCAGAUUCCUUCCUUAUUCCUCUCACAUAGCUUCUGUCCCCAAAACUCACAACACAUCCUUAGUCCAUUCUUACGCAAAGAAUACUUCACCAUUAAUAUCGGCACAUCUGAGAUCACCAAAUGCUCGGAAAUUUCUCUAUUCAAUCCUUUUUUUUCCUUCUCGCUGGAUAUCUGGUUCGUACACUGUCUUUUCUUUGUUUCUUGGGCCUCUAGUGAGUUACAGAUAGAGUUUAAAAAGGUCAAUUUUUUAAUUCUUUCUGUCCUUUUUUAAUCAGCUCAAAUUUGCUCUUUCAGUAAUUUAAUUCACCAUGAAAGUUCCCUUCUUUUUCAUACUGAACUUCCUGUUCUUGUUAUACCAACACCUGAAAUGUUUUUCCUCUAGUAACUUCACUACUCAAACUCCUCCACCAUUGUUGAUUUUACCACUAAAAACUCAAGAAAUCUCAUCUAAGUCCUUCCCUAAAGCACCAAACAAACUCCCAUUUACACACAACAUCACUCUUACAGUCUCCCUAUCAGUAGGUACACCACCACAAAACGUUACCAUGGUACUAGACACAGGUAGUGAACUCUCAUGGCUACAUUCCAACUCGACCCGACCCAUUUCCAACUCGACCCGACCCGUUUUCGACCCGACCCGAUCAAGUUCUUACCGACCCAUUUCUUGCUCUUCACCAACAUGCAGGACCCGAACACAAGAUUUUUCCAUACCAGCCUCUUGUGACUCCAAAAAUUUAUGCCAUGCAGUGCUGUCAUAUGCGGAUGCCACGUCAUCAGAAGGGAAUCUAGCAAUGGAUACGUUUACUUUUGGUGGGUCCGGGUCCGGGUCAAAUUUUUCGGAUACUAUAUUCGGGUCAAUGGAUUCGGGUUUUAGUAGUAAUUCAGAUGAAGAUGAAAAGACAACCGGGUUAAUGGGUAUGAAUCGUGGAUCACUUUCUUUUGUUACACAAAUGGGGUUUAAGAAAUUUUCAUAUUGCAUUUCUAGUCUUGAUUUUUCUGGUGUUUUAUUACUUGGUGAGUCUAAUUUUACAUUUUUUUUGCCGUUAAAUUACACACCCUUAGUUGAAAUAUCACUUCCUUUACCUUAUUUUGAUAGAGUAGCAUAUACUAUACAACUUGAAGGUAUUAAAGUCAAGGAUAAAUUACUUCCUAUAGCAAAAUCCGUAUUUGUACCCGACCAUACCGGGGCAGGUCAAACCAUGGUUGAUUCGGGUACACAAUUUACUUUCCUACUUGGUCCUGCUUAUACUGCAUUAAGAAAUGAAUUUUUGAAUCAAACCAUGGGAACUCUUAAGGUUUUUGAAGAUCAAGAUUUUGUAUUUCAAGGUGCAAUGGACUUAUGUUAUCGUGUACCUAUUAACCAAACGAGGUUACCAACGUUACCUUCGGUUAGUUUAGUGUUUCGAGGUGCGGAAAUAACGGUUUCGGGUGAACGGUUGUUGUAUCGGGUACCCGGUGAGAUUCGAGAAAAAGAUUCGAUACAUUGCUUCACUUUUGGAAAUUCCGAGUUACUAGCUAUCGAGGCGUAUAUUAUUGGACAUCAUCAUCAACAAAAUGUAUGGGUAGAGUAUGAUCUUGAAAAAUCACGUAUUGGAUUUGCUCAAGUACGGUGUGAUCUAGCGAGUCAAAGAUUUGGUCUUUUUCGUUAAACGGAGAUUAAAUCGAAGAUGUAAAAUAUUUUUCUUCACUUAUAUAUAGUUCGAGUUGAAAAUAGCAUAGUCCUUCUCUCCCGGCCAAUAAUACCAAUUUAGAUGGUGGAAAAGAUGUCAUGUAAUUAUUGUAAUCUACUAUGACGUGAUUAAUGGAGUUUUUGCAACUAGAUUUGCAAUGUGACAAGUGGUCCCAAGAAAUAACACCGAUCAAAUUUAUGAAUUGCCAUACUGAAGUUACUGAAGAUGCAGGACAUCAGAUGAAGGUGGGUUGUUGGUUCAUGGCUAUAAUGGUUGGUGAUUUUAAAGAGAGGCUUUAAGAAAAUUGUCUUUUCACCAUUUUGUACAUUUAUUCCUUUUUGUGUUAGACAUAAGUUGGAUGGUUGGUUGAAAGUGUAUACUGUAUUCUUUGAACUUAGUUCAGCUACUCAGCAAUAACUUUGUGGCUGAAGGUAAAGGUUGUGCUGAUUUUUUUCAACGGCAAUUAAUAAUCUUCUUGUCGCA